ACAUACCAUACCCGGGGUUGGACCGGGUCGAGAAGAUUCGAGAGCACGAGAACCAGCCAGGAAGACAGAUACCCGGAACAAAGAACAAUUCCGCGCCAAGGAAGAAUAAAAAUCAGAGAAAAUUACCCAAAUCAGAAACUGAACCCUAAAAUCAAUGGCUGAAAAAUUGGCCCCUGAGAAACGUCACAGCUUCGUCCAUAAUGGCCAGAAGGUGUUCGAAUGGGACCAAACGCUUGAAGAAUUGAACAUUUACAUAACUCUUCCAGAAAAUGUUCCUAAGAAGCUUUUUUAUUGCAAGAUUGAGUCUAAGCGUUUGGAAGUUGGGAUCAAAGGCAACCCACCUUACCUUAAUCAUGAUCUUAUGAACCCAGUGAAGACCGAUUGUUCCUUCUGGACUCUAGAGGAUGAUAUACUUCAUGUAACCUUACAGAAGAGGGAUAAAGGUCAGACAUGGUCUUCUCCUAUAUUGGGCCAAGGGCAGUUGGAUCCAUAUGCCAGUGAUCUUGAACAGAAAAGGCUCAUGCUUCAAAGGUUCCAAGAAGAGAAUCCUGGUUUUGAUUUCUCACAGGCACAAUUCUCCGGGAAUUGUCCUGAUCCAAAGACCUUCAUGGGGGGGAUUGGUUCAACUUGAUAUUGUUCUAUUAUCUUGAAAGUUCCAUUGUAACUAUGGACCUAACUAGAUAUGCAUUGUUAUGAUGAGAUGAUAAACUCUCCACUGGAAUUCCUAAAUGUAUUAUGAAAUAUUAAUUCUUGGUAACCAUCUUGUUUACUGGUAAGGUUUAUUAAUCACUUUGUUGUUGAUUAAA